AUGCAGAAGUCUGGCACGACACCCACCAGCAGCAGCACGCCCUUCUUCUCGAGCUCCUUCUUCUCGUCCUCCUCAACGACAAAGUCCCGUCCUGGGACCGCAUCUGGCGACCCUCCCUCGUCCUCCUCCUCCUCCCAGCUGCCGCCGCCACCGCCAUUGUCGCAACACAAUACCCUCACCAAAGACCGAAAAGGAUCUUUUGGCCGCAAGACGUCUUUCAGCUCGCCCUCGAAAGCAUCCAAGCGCCGCGCGAACAGCAGCUCAGGAGGCGGUUUCAAUGUCAUAGUCACCGACAGCAAAGUACCUCCCGCCCUGCCGGACUUUGCGCUCGCUGCUGCUGCCAAGAUCUCGAAGGACACCGAUGCCAUACAAAGCCCGGCGAGCGCCGACAGCUUCUCCAAGAUGCUCGGCAGAACGCCCACCGGACAGAGCAGCAUGAACGACAGGCUGGCGGCACCCCUCAGCGCCAACGCUGGCAUGUGGGCUGGCAGCGAGGCCGCCGUUGUUCACCUCCAGAUUCAAGAGCUCGCGAAGAAGCGCAUGGCGACUCUGGAGUACCUGCGUAAAGCACACGAAUCGCGUCUUUACUGGUUCAACACUGUCGUCUUCGAACGAAGCGACCUGCAACGAUUCCCGUACUUCGAUCCCCGAAAACUCGCGCGACGCGCCACGAACUAUCUCCUUCUCGGCUUGUCGCUACCCACAGUCGCAGACCUCAACUCGAACACACCACUCGACUUUCUCCGCAGUCUCAACGUCCUUCUUCAAGAGUUCGAGUCCUUCCAACAAUUACACGGUGAGGCCGGUUCGUCGACAAGCUCGCUGUCACGCGCCCGGCUGCCGCAGAUGUUUCGCCGGGGUCCCGUUGGCAAGUCGAGACGCAGCAAUAGCGGCGCCAACGACAUUGGCGUGCCCAUGGAUGACGCCAUGAGCGGAGGAAUCGGUGGCACGCAAAACGCAAACGUCGUCAACUUUGCGCAUAGCGAAACAGACCUCUUGCCCGGCGAAGAGUACACGCUUCUUCUUACGCCAGCGCUGCCUUUUGAGCCCGAUUACUUUGAGACGUUCGCGACGCUGUGCGACGUGCUUAUUGACACAUACACAAAAUUACUCAGCCUGAUGCCCACCCCUGCGGUCGCGACAGCGCCAGUGGGCGAGCUAUUCGCCAAGGUCGAUGGUAGGGUGCGCAAGAUCAUCGUCCAGGGUGCAGUCAAGGAGUUCGAGGACCAGAGCAGGGCUCACGCCAAAACAGAGAUGGCGAACAUCAGUAAAGUGGUGCUGGGAGGAUUGAUGUAA